CACGAGAGAUUAGGGUCAGCCAAGUUAGGGUUAGUUGUCACUCGGCUUCCGCUAACACUCCGUGACUCCACGAGCCCCAUGGCGAGUCCCCAGCAUGGCGACGACGGUCGCGUCGACCCCAACUUAGUGGACUUCGACGACUAUGCCGAUGCGGAUCCGCAAGGCGACGCGGCCGCAGGAGGCGGAGGCGGCGGCGGCGGCGGCGGCGGCACGGCCGACGGUAACGAUAACGGUAACGAUAACGACGACGAUGCGUACUACGAUGCGCGGCUGUUCGAAGACGAGGAGCCCGAGGAUCGCGGCGCACGGCGGCUCGUGAAAAAAGGCGGCGGAGGGGGGAGGGAGGACGAGGAGGAGCGGUGGGAGGAGGAGGAGGGCGGGGAGGGGUGGGCGGGAGCGGACCCGUGGGACAGGAGGGAUAGGGGGAAGGGGGGGAAGCGGAAGAAGGGCAAGGAGGGGAGGAAAUCGGGGGGUAGGCUUACGAAGGUUAAGAGACCCCGAGGAGGGGACGAGUGGGGCGGCGGGGGCGGCGGAGGGGGGUAUGAGGAGGGCGGCAGGGAGGCGUGGGACCAGGAACCGGCUAAUUCUGAGGAGGACGUGGAGGGCGCGCGCACGCGCGAGGACGAGGCGUUCAUCGACGACGCGGGCGUGCACCCGGACGACCGCGGGCACCUGGCGUACGACGACUACGACGACCAGCGCAUCUCCAACGCGCCGCAGGCGGAGGAGGAGGACGAGGUGGGGCGGCUGUUCAAGGGCGGUAAGCGGCGGCGCAACGAGAUGAGCGACGGCGAGAAGGCGCUGUUCGUGGCGGAGUUCCACGCCAAGAUGCUCAAGGCCGCCGAGGACGACGCGCUCGCCAACCGCCAGCACCGCCCCGCCAUCAACAAACUCCGGAUGCUGGGGGAGAUGCUCAGCACGCUCAGAAAGAAGCAUCUGCAGCGCGAGUUCCUGGACCGCGGCGUGUUCUCGUACCUCAAGAACUGGCUGGAGCCGCUGCCGGACCUGUCGCUGCCCAACAUCAAGAUCCGCACCAGCAUCCUCGAGCUCGUCAAGGAGCUGCCAAUAGACGUGGGUGGCAACACGGAGCGGAGGAGACAGCUCAAGGAAAGCGGGCUAGGCCGGGUGGUGAUGUUUCUGUCGAAGCUCCCAGAGGAGACGGUGCAGAACAGGAAGCUGGCCCGGGACCUCGUCGACAUGUGGUCGCGGCCCAUAUUUGAGAAGAGCACGCACUACCGCGACUUGCGGGACGACUAUGACCGGCCCAUGCGACCCCCACCCACACACAGAGAGGAGGCAGCACCACGUGUGUCCCACUCACGGCCCGACGACCUUGACCUCGACAAUACCGGCGAGGCAAGGGGGGAGGCGGAGGAGGAGGGCAGCGGUGCCAAGCGUGUGAUGACGCGCGUGCCGCAGCCCAUGGCCAUGGACUUCCGAGUGCGCCCCGAGAGCAAGGUCACCGAGGAGAUGCUGGCCCGACGCGGCCACAAGGACGCCAGACACCAGAGCGUGACAAAGAAGCUACAGAAGCUGAAGCAGAGCAAGAACAAGAACCUGCGAGCGGAAAAAGUGAGCGUGCAGGGUAGAGGCAUGGUCAAAUUUGUAUGAGCACAGCUUGGCUAGUGAAACUUCCACAUCAUGUAACACAGUAAAGGCACCGCUUGGUUGGCGCACGUGGAUAACGCAGUGAGCAUAGAAGUUGAGGGGAGAUUCAGACGAGUGGUGGGCGUUGAAGCAACUUGCUUGAUGGUGAGAUGGGAUGUGAACUUUUGUUCAUAUGGUGCUUCAUUUUCGUAUGUGCACCGUAUUUUUGCAAAUACACCCAGUGCCUCUUG